AUGGCGGCUGUUGAAGUAGACGGCUUAGCUGCUUCUACAAAUAUAAAUCUAUCAAUGAAAUCUCCAAAAAGUAACGGAAUUAAACUGCUAAAUGGAAAAAUAAAUCCACGUACAAAUGGAUACAUUAAUCCCCCACAACCUAGCAAUGGUAUCACUAAAAUGCCCCGUGAAGGCAAAGGCGAAGCGGUGCCAUUCAUGGACUGGUCUCAAUAUGAAAUGUUUCCAGGAUCAUUUGAAAAAUGCUCCAUAUUCACUGCAGCCCUAACACAUGCUGGUCUCUACAUACUUAUGUUCCUUGGUUUCAUCAACCAGCUUCUAUUCAAACCUAAUGUAGCAACGGAAAGGAAUAGAGAGGGAUAUGCGCCUUUGUACAAUCCUUUUGAGCAGUUUUUCUCCCGUUACGUGUAUCGGCGCGUGCGCCACUGUUUCAAUCUCCCCGUGACUUCAACGCCCGCCGCCGAGCUCUCACUUAAAGAGCGUGCUACAGAUGACUAUAACUGGACCUUUAGAUUCACCGGUAAAGAAAACAGGUGCAUUAAUCUUGGGUCAUACAAUUAUCUGGGUUUCGCCGAACCUGAAGGAGAAUGCGCGGACGCAGCUGAGGCGGCGUCGCGUAAAUAUGGCCUCGCGCUCGCUUCGUCGCGCGCUGAACUCGGUACUUGCGAAGUUCAUAGAGAAUUGGAGGAGACUACGGCCAGUUUUCUCGGUGUGGAGUCAGCGAUAGUAUUCGGCAUGGGUUUCGCGACGAACUCUAUGGGCGUGCCCGGUCUGAUUGCGGAAGGGUCGCUGGUGCUGAGUGACGAGAACAACCACGCGUCGCUGAUCCUUGGACUGCGGCUAGCACGCGCCACUGUCAGGGUCUUCCGCCACAACGACGUUGCUCAUCUUGAGAAGUUGGCUCGGCACGCGAUAGCCGAGGGAAAGUGGAAGAGAAUAAUUAUCGUCGUCGAAGGUGUGUACAGUAUGGAAGGAUCUAUAGUGCCUCUCCAGGCGAUGGUAGCCCUCAAGAAGCGUUAUGGAUUGUACUUGUACUUAGAUGAAGCGCAUUCUGUGGGGGCAUUGGGGCCAAGGGGCCGGGGGGUAACAGACUAUGCGCGAGUGGACCCUAAAGAUGUGGAUAUCCUAAUGGGCACGUUCACCAAGAGUUUUGGAGCUGCUGGAGGUUAUAUUGCUGGUACGAAGCAGCUAAUAAACUCAGUGAAAGCGCGUGGACAUGGCCAUAGCUACGCGCACUCUAUGUCACCGCCCGUAGCCGCGCAAGUGUUAACGGCUAUGCGCGCUAUAGCUUCACCCAAGGGGGCAGCCCGAGUGGCGAGAUUACGCGAAAAUACGCAUUACUUCCGUGAGCGCUUGCGCAAGCUCGGCGUCAUCACGUACGGACACGAAGACUCGCCCGUCGUACCUAUGCUCGUUUACACGUUCAGCAAAAUGGCCGCUACCGUCGAGCGGUUGCAGUCGCGGCGUGUGGCCACCGUGGGCGUGGGAUUCCCAGCGACGCCGCUUAAUAAGGCGCGGAUUAGGUUCUGCCUAUCCGCCGCCCAUACUCGUGAACAACUGGAUGAGUGCCUCGAAGCGAUAGAAGCAGUGGUCGACGAGCUGGGGUUGAGAUAUUCUCGCCGCUAA